CUGCUGCAGAGAGCUCGAGACCGCUGGCUGGCUGGUUUGUUUGUUUGUUUGUUUUCUUUCCUUCUCCGGAAAUUGAUAUAAUCACACAUUUUCAACGGAGUUUUAAUGCUUUUGCGACAACAAGGACAUUAUACAGGGUGUUUGAGGUAUGACACUGACCAGGGGCUCCUUCACUUACUCAACUGGAGAAGAGUACAGUGGUGAAUGGAAGGAAGGCAAGAGACAUGGUGUAGGGCAACUGAAGUUUUCUGAUGGCACUUGUUAUAAGGGUCACUUUGAGAAUGGCCUCUUCCAUGGCUCUGGGGUCCUAAUGUUCCCUGAUGGAUCCAGGUAUGAAGGUGAAUUUGUCCAAGGGAAAUUCCAAGGUGUUGGAGUUUUUAGCAGAUUCGAUGGGAUGAAGUUUGAAGGAGAAUUCAAAAAUGGUCGUGUGGAAGGACAUGGCUUACUGACAUUUCCGGAUGGUUCCCAUGGUAUUCCACGGAACGAGGGGGUCUUUUCUGACAACAAACUGCUGAAGCGGGAGAAGAGCCAGGCGGUGGUGCAGAGGGCCCGGAGCUCAGCCUGCACUGCACGCAGCCUCUCUGUAUGAUCAACACGCUAAUGAUGUGGUAAUCACCAUGCUGCUGCUCUUAGAUCAGCUUCCCAAACUCCACUCCUACUGCAGAGGCAAACAUCGAGAGUGAAACUGAUUCAGGAUCUCCACAUAGAGCUCUCUGUCACAUGCGUGUUGCAGCAGACCCUCAGGAAUGGAUAACAGGGUUUCCUUUCCCUCUAUCUCUCUUUCUCAGUGCUGGUCUGCCUCCAAUGCCUCUAGCUUAAAUAUAUAUAGGAAAAAAAACUGGGCAAGAUUAUUAUUGCUGCAUUUAUGUGAACUAUUUCAUCUUAGAUAUGAAGAAACCAAAGUCACCAUCAACAACAUGGGGCUACUGAGUGUUUUGUAUGAGGAAUCUGUGUGUAACAGUGAAUUUAUUAGCCUUUGUGAGACGGUGAUUGUGCACCUUCUUUAUUAUUUAUCUACUUAUUUAACAUUUGCUUAUUUAAAUGUUAUUUCAAGCACUUUUUCAUUUUGAUAGAAACAAUCUGACUUUAAAUAUAAAUUCACUUAAAUGUAAUCAAAAUGUAAUAUCAGGAUUUGUAUAUACCUCAUGAAAAACUACAUUGUACAUCCAGUGUUGAUGUUCGAGAUAAUCAGAAGCCUAUACAUAUAGUGGAUUGUAUUUUGAGUACAAAGCCGAUAACGUGUUUUCAAUUGAAGUCGGACAGUUUGGACAAUGAAGAGUUCAUGCAGGUGAUCCUGCUGUGUGGUUUUUCUCACCAGUGUGUAUCAUUUGUCUUUAUGCACUUUGUGUAGUAUUUUCUUGUAAGGACAGAAAGGUGUAGUCAGGCUCUACUGACUGUAUUUAUUGUAACUGCACUGCAAAAGCAUGUAUCUAAUCAGUUUUAUUCAAAAUGGUGUGAGGGGAACUAGGAAGUUUGCUUCUUUAUCUUCACCGUAAUAGCAUUCAUCCAGUAAUGGUGUGUAUCUUCUAAGAACUAGCAUAACCAUGGGUGUGGCUGUAGUCCAUUGAUCCGUAUGUCAGUGGUGUAUUCUGCUUGUCACUCAGUUCAUGUGAUAAUUCUAUUUUUAUCAUCCGGGUAACGACAGCCGGAUAUUGAGAAAACAUUCGAAAGCUGGCGGCGGGCAGGGGGAGGAACAAAAACUAGAUUUUAAUAAAAAGAAGGAGGGGCAUGUUCUCCUUGACCUUAGUGGAAACUACACCUAUUCUUAGCACUGACAAGGUAUUAGUGUUGUUAUGGAAUUACACUGAUACAAUAGAGGCCUAAAUAUUGACUACAAACUAAAAAUAUAUGUAUAUACAGCUGAUAAAAUAAUUUAUGGUAUAAUAACUGACAUACAACGCAAUUACGGACAGUAUUUUCUGCACUUUUGUUUGAUUAGUUAACUAUAGUUACACUGUUUUACUAUGUGCAACAUCUAAACUAUGAGCUGUACUCAUUACUUUAUAUUUAUCUAUACUCUGACACCAAAAUGUGUAUUACGGUAACUUCAGUAUUUACUUGAAAAGUUUGGAAAGAGAGACAAUGCAGAAAACAAAAACAUUUAUAACAGUAAUAAAAAAACUGACGAGGUGCUAAGUGAGUGUGUUUUAUUUGCUGGAUUUCAAUACCUGACUUUUCACUCAUCCAUAAAUAUGCCUGAUACAAUAAAGUUAUUAAAAUAUUUUU